AUGGCCUGGGUGCUCAAAAUCGACGACGCCACCAUCGAGUCGGGGCUGGUGCACGACUUCGACGCCAGCCUCUCGGGCAUCGGCCAGGAGUUGGGGGCGGCAGCCUACAGCAUGAGCGAUGUGCUGGCCCUGCCCAUCUUCAAGCAGGAGGACUCCAGCCUCCCUCCGGAGAGUGAGAGCAAGAACCCUCCAUUCCAGUAUGUUCUCUGCGCCGCCACCUCGCCGGCCGUCAAGCUGCACGACGAGACGCUCACAUACCUCAACCAAGGCCAGUCUUACGAGGUGCGCAUGUUGGACAACAGGAAGUCCGGAGAGUUACCGGAACUCACCAACAAGAUGGUGAAGAGCACAGUGCGAGUGGUGUUCCACGACCGGCGGCUUCAGUACACGGAACAUCAACAGCUUGAGGGAUGGAAGUGGAACCGUCCCGGUGAUCGCUUACUGGAUAUCGAUAUUCCUAUGUCGGUGGGCAUCGUGGAGCCCAAGACGCACCCCUCCCAGCUCAACGCCGCAGAGUUCCUGUGGGACUUGAACAAGAGAGCGUCGGUCUUUGUGCAGGUCCACUGCAUCAGCACCGAGUUCACGCCGCGAAAGCACGGGGGCGAAAAGGGCGUCCCCUUCAGGAUUCAGAUCGACACCUUUGCGCCGGGAGAAGCCGGCGACUACGCCGAGCACCUGCACUCGGCUUCCUGCCAAAUUAAAGUCUUCAAGCCAAAAGGGGCGGAUCGCAAGCAGAAAACUGACCGGGAAAAGAUGGAGAAGCGCACUGCUCAGGAGAAGGAGAAGUACCAGCCUUCGUACGAUACCACUAUCCUGUCCGAGACGAGACUGGAGCCCAUCAUUGAGGAAGCGGGCGACCACGAGCUGAAGAAGUCCAGCAAGCGGACGCUCCCGGCCGACUGCGGCGACUCCCUCGCCAAGAGAGGCAGCUGUUCCCCAUGGACGGACAGCGCCUACGUGGCCCCCAACCAGGCAGCUACUCCCUCCUUCACGUCCACGCCUCUCUCCACCUACGCCACCACCACGACCCCCAACUCCUCGCUACCCGACAGCGACUCGUCCUCACCCAAUCACCAGGCGGAACCUGGCACCCACGCCGGCACAGAGCAGUUGAGUCCUGCCGCGUCCAUUCAAGACACACAAAAAUGGCUGCUGAAAAACCGAUUCAACUCAUACGCGCGACUCUUCACUCACUUCUCAGGUUCUGAUUUGUUAAAGCUAACCCGGGACGACCUGGUCCAGAUUUGCGGUCCCGCAGACGGAAUCCGACUCUUCAAUGCACUCAAAUCAAAAUCCGUGCGUCCUCGUUUGACCCUGUACGUGUGUCAGGAGUCCCCUCAGCACAGCCCCCUGCUGGAGAGACACGCCAGCAGCGAAAACGGCGAACAGGGUGAAAACGGUUUGUAUUUUUCCAUAGUGUACCACGCUCUGUACCUGGAGGAGCUGACGGCAGCCGAGCUGAUCCGCAAGAUGGCUAGCGUGUGUUGCCUCCCGCUGGGGACCAUAAACCAGGUGUACAGACAAGGACCCACUGGCAUUCACAUCCUGCUCAGCGACCAGAUGGUGUACAACUUGACGGACGAGAGCUGCUUCGUCAUCAGCACCGUCAAAGACGAGCAAGGCGAAGGACUCCAUCUCAUCCUGAAGUAG